AUGUCGAAAAUAAAUACUCCUAUGAAUAAAUCCACCUCAAAAUUCAGAAACCAUAAGAGAAUAGAGAAGCAUAGAAAAUAAUCUUUGAUUAAUUUAGUAAUUUCUGAGAAUAUGUCAACUCGAUAAGUAUAAUUUAUGAUAUAUGAAAGGCUGCUUAAAAGCUUUCCAUAAAGUAUUCAACGGCGAAGUAUAUUAUGAAGAAUUUUAAAAGUAAAGGAAUUUGUAUGGAAGAACAAUAACAUACAAAAAGUAAACAAAAAUCAAUUAUUUAAAAUGUUAAUAUUGUUGUGGAUGUAUCAGAUGGCAGCAUUCUUAUGGCUAAAAAUAAUCAAAAAAUAAGUUAUUGUGAUUUUUCUUCUUUACAAGAGGAAUACAAAAACCAGAAUUUACUUUAAACUUCAGAAUUGAUCUAUGAAAAGCUAGGGAAAAUUUCCUGGCAUAAAUUUCAUUAUUAAGAAUGUCGAGACGAAGAAAUGUUAAAAAAAUUUCUCCAUAGAUAACAUACUUAGAUGAAGUAAAAAUGA